GCAAAAUCAAGAUACACACACAUUACAAAAUAUUUUUUUCUUCUUACAACAUAAUUCCUUUUUAAUAUCAAAAUGUUUAUUGUCAACUGGUUCUACGAUGUCUUGUCCUCUUUGGGUCUUUUAAACAAAAAUGCCAAAAUUCUCUUCUUGGGCCUUGAUAAUGCCGGAAAGACUACUCUACUCCACAUGUUGAAGAAUGACCGAUUGGCUACUUUGCAACCUACUCUUCAUCCUACUUCUGAAGAACUUUCUAUUGGUAACGUCAAGUUUACAACAUAUGACUUGGGAGGUCACCUUCAAGCACGUCGAUUAUGGAGAAAUUAUUUCCCUGAGGUUGGAGGUAUCGUCUUCUUGGUUGACUGUGCUGAUCAUGCUCGCUUUUCUGAAGCCAAGGCAGAGUUAGAUGCUUUAUUGGCUAUCGAACAACUUUCAAAAGUUCCUUUCUUAAUUCUUGGUAAUAAGAUUGAUGCACCUGGUGCUGUUAGUGAAGACACACUUCGACAAGAAUUAGGUUUAUUCCAAACAACUGGAAAGGGCAAGGUUCCUUUGACAGAUAUUCGCCCUAUUGAAGUAUUCAUGUGCUCUGUUGUUAUGAGGCAAGGUUAUGGAGAGGGUUUCCGCUGGCUCUCUCAAUAUGUCUAAUAAAAUCAUUAUUUUCGAAAAAUGUGCCAACUUUGUGUGUGCCUACGUUUUACUGCAUAUACAUCAAAGUCCAAGUAAAAUAAUAAUAAUAAAAGCUAUAGAUUCAACUCAAACAAGCCCUUGAUCUAAAGAGAAAAUCUAAUGCGUCCUUUCUGUCUCUCCAUGCCACACUUUGCAAUAUUAGUUAUCUACAUCGAUCUUACCUGGGUAAGACAGGUCUUUUUUUUUUUGUAUGCACUCGAGUAAAAUACUAUAGGAUCGAAUCUUGGAACUAUUCGUGAAUACCAUAGCCUUAAUGCGACCGAGUAUUCGUCAAUAAGUACAGUGCCGGUUCAACUACUGCAAACGUGUAUUUACAGAAAGGAGCAUUGCAAAAUAUAUAUCAGCUGUUUGCUUUUCCUACAUAUUAUUAUUUUUAGCGCCUGUGCACAGCAAAGUGAAAGAAUACAAUGUAAUCAUGAU